GUUAGAUAUAUCACCUUACUAAUUAAUUUAAAUUACAACAUAGGUAUUGUAAAAACACAUUUCAAACUUCUAUUAUUUCAUUUCGAACAAACUAAUUGUAAUUGUUUAAAGUAGUUAUUCACAAAAUGUUGACAAACACUUCAACUACGUCGUUUUCUUAUUUGGUUCUGGCGUUCUUCAGUUUUACCAUGGGCUUAAACUUACAAGAUGAAGUACCUUUUUACUUGUACACAAGGCAAAAUCCCGACGAUGGCCAAUUAUUAAUUAACCGUAACGACACAUUUAUUGCUCGAUCAAAUAUAAACUUUAACAAUCCAACUGUUAUUUUCUUCCAUGGAUUCAUGGAAGAAUAUCAGUCAGAAGUUAGCCAAACAUUGAAAAAUGCAUAUUUAAAGAAGGGAAAUUACAACGUAAUUUUGGUGGAUGCGAGAGUUCCUUAUGUCGGACCAAAUUAUAUAGCAGCUUCAAAUAAUGUUCAAGACGUAGGUCAACAUACAGCCGAUUUUAUAGAUUAUUUAGUAACCAAAGGUCUCAAGUUAGAUGAUUUGGUUGUUUCUGGAAUGAGUCUAGGUGGGCAAACAACUGGUAUAGUAGGUUCAUCAAUUAAAAGUGGCAAACUUCCAAAAAUAAUUGCAUAUGAUCCUGCUGGUCUAUUGUUUAAUGCAAAACCUUUGAGUCAUCGAUUAGACGCAUCUGAUGCUGAUUUUGUAGAAGUAAUCCACAGCCAUUCAAUUUUAUUUGGAUACCCGGAUAAAUGUGGACAUGUUGAUUUUUGGAUUAAUGGAGCUCCCGCAAUUCAAGUGGGUUGUUCCCCACUGGAUAUUCUAAGGAGGAAACCUAAUGAUUUAUUUGAAUUUGUAUUUUGUAGUCACUAUUUGAGUUAUCGACUAGGUGCAUAUGAGUUAAAUCACAGUGAAUAUCCGGCAAAAAAAUGUUCAAACUACGAUGCAUAUAAAAAUGGAGAAUGCGAUAAUGAGGAUGUUCAAUAUAUUGGAAAUACUAGUAACAAGGCCAAUGGAAACUAUUAUCUGACUGUCACUAGUGAUAUAUAUUCCAAAUCCAAUUUACUCAACAUAAACUAGUGUAAAAAUUAUAAUUAUAACAUAUUUCCAAAUAAAGUAUGUCCUUAUAUUUUUAAUAAAUUGGAAAAAACAUUAUUUCAA